AUGGCCCCAUCCGAGCUACACAAACUGAGCUACUGGGAGGAGGUGUAUCAAGGCGAGAAGGAAAACUACGAGGAGGCGAAAAUCCAGCCGGAGGAAUGGUUCGAAGAAAACUGUGACAAAAUUAUAAACUGGGUAAGCAACCACUUUAGUGAAGAAGAAAAAAAAGAGCAAGUUUCCAUUCUUGACGUCGGGUGUGGAAAUGGGCUAUUCCUACACAAACUGCGUCAAAGAGGCUUCGGAAAUUUAUGUGGCUUUGAUUUUUCCGCGAGUGCCAUUGAUCUGGCAAAGAAACUCUUCCAGGAUGACGGCACAGAUAACCUUACGAAUCGUGCCGGACAUUCCAGCGACGUUUACGUGCAAGUGCUAGACAUUUACAACAUCGCAAAAGAAAUUGGAGAAAAUUCAAAACUGAAGAAAAAAUACAAACUGAUAAAUGACAAAGGAACUUUCGAUAUAUUUUUUAUGAAUGAAAAAGCGCAAGAAUAUUUCACACACGUAUCUUUUUUUUUCCAAGUGGAUACACUUUUUUGUCUUACAUCCUGUAAUGCUUGCAAGGAGGAGUUACUAUCCAUCGUAAACCAUUUUAAUGAGACCAAUGGGAAAAUUCGGCUGACCCUUUUUGAUGAGAUACGUUACGAAACUAUAACCUUUGGGGGGGUCAAAGGACAGAUAAUCACGACUUUGAUUUUUUCAUGCUCCUAG